UUGGACUAAACAAUUAAAAAAGACUCAGCUUUACUGCGCUCUGACUCAGUCCAUUGAACCCCAAAAAUGCUAAAAUCUCAAAAGCCCUAAGCAACUAUACCAUCAUCACAAUCUUCCUUCUUUUACAUUCCUUUCCCGAGAAAAAAAAAGAAAGAGAAAAGAAAAGAAAAGAAAAGAAAAGUUUUCCCAUUCUUUUCUUUUUCUCACUCUCCAAUCAUCAUCUCUUAACCUCCGGUGGCAGACGACUGCUUUUAAUGGCUGAUCCAUUGGAGAGGCUGGGAUCGGAAGCUGUAGUGAUGGAUUCUACUCUCAAGAACGAUCUUUGUUUGGAAAUCGAUCCGCCUUUCCGAGAAAACGUUGCCACCGCCGAGGAUUGGAGGAAAGCUCUCAAUAAGGUUGUACCUGCCGUCGUUGUGCUCAGGACCACGGCUUGCCGUGCAUUCGAUACCGAGUCCGCCGGUGCCAGUUAUGCCACUGGUUUCGUUGUUGAUAAGCGUCGCGGGAUCAUUCUCACUAAUCGACAUGUCGUUAAGCCUGGACCUGUUGUUGCAGAGGCUAUGUUCGUGAACCGUGAAGAAAUUCCAGUAUAUCCUAUAUACAGGGACCCGGUCCAUGAUUUCGGUUUCUUUCGUUAUGAUCCUGCCGGGAUACAAUUUCUUAACUACGAGGAGAUUCCUCUUUCCCCUGAGGCUGCUUGUGUUGGUCUAGAAAUAAGGGUUGUUGGUAAUGAUAGUGGUGAAAAGGUAUCUAUCUUGGCUGGUACUCUUGCUCGUUUGGAUAGAGAUGCUCCACAUUACAAAAAGGAUGGUUAUAAUGACUUCAAUACGUUCUAUAUGCAAGCUGCGUCUGGGACAAAAGGUGGUUCAAGUGGUUCUCCCGUGAUUGAUUGGCUUGGCAGAGCAGUAGCCUUGAAUGCUGGUAGCAAGUCAUCUAGUGCAUCAGCAUUCUUUUUACCGUUAGAACGAGUUGUUAGGGCAUUGAAGUUCGUCCAGGAGGGCAGAGAUUCUUUUGUUAAUAAAUGGGAGGCGGUUUCUAUACCUCGUGGUACGCUUCAGGUGACAUUUAUCCACAAAGGAUUUGAUGAGACACGCAGACUUGGUCUUCAAAGUGAAACAGAGCAGAUGGUACGACAUGCAUCUCCACCUGAUGAAACUGGAAUGCUUGUUGUUGAUUCCGUGGUGCCUGGUGGCCCAGCUCAUAAGUCUUUGGAGCCAGGUGAUGUUCUUAUUCGCAUGAAUGGGGAAGUAAUUACUCAAUUUCUGAAAAUGGAGACUUUACUUGAUGACAGUGUUAAUCAGAAGAUUGAAUUACAGAUUGAAAGGGGUGGUGCAUCUUUGACGGUGAACUUGAUGGUGCAGGAUUUACACUCAAUAACCCCUGAUUACUUCUUAGAAGUAAGUGGGGCUGUAAUACAUCCUCUUUCAUACCAACAGGCUAGAAAUUUUCGUUUUCAUUGCGGUCUUGUAUACGUUACAGAACCAGGAUAUAUGCUCUUUAGAGCUGGGGUCCCUCGCCAUGCUAUCAUCAAAAAGUUUGCUGGGGAAGAAAUUUCACGACUGGAGGAACUAAUCUCUGUUCUAUCCAAGCUAUCUAGGGGUGCUCGGGUUCCAAUGGAGUAUAUAAGCUACACGGAUCGUCAUCGGAGGAAGUCAGUCCUUGUCACGGUUGAUCGGCAUGAAUGGUAUGCCCCUCCACAGAUAUAUACUCGUGAUGAUACUACUGGUUUAUGGACUGCAAAGCCUGCUUUUCCACCUGACUCUGUUUUGCCGUCAUCGAGUAUUACUGAUAUCGGAGGUUUAGUAAGUCAAACAGUUCCAGUAAGUAAUGAAGCCACUUGCAUGGGACACAGACAUCAUGAUAGCCACCCAGAGGUAACUGAUGGUGUUACCAGUAUGGAAACUAGUUAUGGACAUGCUUCAGAGGAAGUACAUUCUCGGGAUGAAUUUGAUGUUGAAGCAAAAAAACGACGAGUGGGAGAGGAUUUGUCCGCUGAUGGAAAUGGGGUUGCUGACUAUGUGUUACAUGAAAAUAGAGAAGCUAAGCUGGGCGAUCUAAAUACCAUGGAAAAUGCUGUUACAAGAGAUUAUCAAGGUGCAAUAUCUGCAUCAGCUAAUGCUUCAUUUGCUGAGCGUGUGAUAGAGCCAACUCUUGUAAUGUUUGAGGUUCAUGUGCCACCUUCAUGUAUGCUGGAUGGUGUUCAUUCACAGCAUUUUUUUGGGACUGGUGUGAUUAUAUACCAUUCACAAAGCAUGGGAUUAGUUGCUGUGGAUAAGAACACAGUUGCAAUAUCUGCAUCUGAUGUGAUGCUGUCCUUUGCUGCUUUUCCCAUUGAAAUUCCGGGGGAGGUAGUUUUUCUCCAUCCUGUUCAUAACUAUGCACUCAUUACAUAUGAUCCCUCUGCUCUUGGAGCUGUUGGUUUCUCAGCUGUUCAUGCGGCUGAACUUCUUCCUGAACCUGCAUUACAUCGUGGAGAUUCAGUUUAUCUUGUGGGUUUGAGUAGAAGUCUGCAAGCCACAUCCAGGAAAUCCAUAGUGACCAAUCCUUGUGCUGCAUUGAAUAUUGGUUCUGCUGAUUGCCCACGCUACAGAGCGACCAAUAUGGAAGUCAUUGAGCUUGAUACUGAUUUUGGUAGUACAUUUUCGGGGGUACUGACUGAUGAGCGUGGAAGGGUCCAAGCUAUAUGGGGAAGCUUUUCAACUCAGCUAAAAUUUGGUUGCAGCACCUCAGAAGAUCAUCAAUUUGUCAGAGGGAUUCCAAUUUAUACCAUCAGCCAAGUUCUAGAUAAAAUCAUAUCUGGUGCGAAAGGGCCUCUUCUUCUCAUCAAUGGUGUCAAAAGACCAAUGCCGCUUGUUAGAAUUUUAGAAGUUGAACUAUAUCCUACAUUGCUUUCAAAGGCCCGGAGUUUUGGAUUGAGUGAUGAUUGGGUUCAGGCACUAGUAAAGAAAGAUCCAAUUAGACGGCAAGUUUUACGAGUGAAAGGAUGUUUGGCCGGAUCAAAAGCUGAGAAUCUGUUAGAACAGGGAGAUAUGGUAUUAGCAAUUAAUAAAGAACCAGUUACAUGCUUCCAUGACAUAGAAAAUGCGUGCCAAGCACUAGACAAAUGUGAUGGCGAUGAGAAGCUUAACUUGACCAUCUUCAGGCAGGGAUGUGAAAUUAAUCUUCUUGUGGGGACAGAUGUUAGGGAUGGAAGUGGCACUACUCGUGCCGUAAAUUGGUGUGGAUGUAUUGUUCAGGAUCCUCACCCAGCUGUUCGAGCUCUUGGGUUUCUUCCUGAAGAAGGUCAUGGUGUGUAUGUAGCAAGGUGGUGUCAUGGUAGCCCUGUGCAUAGAUAUGGACUAUAUGCGCUUCAGUGGAUUGUAGAAGUUAAUGGAAAACCAACUCCUGAUUUAGAUUCUUUUGUAAACGCAACGAAGGAAUUGGAACAUGGAGAGUUCGUCCGCGUGAAGACGGUCCACCUAAACGGGAAACCUAGAGUACUAACAUUGAAGCAGGACUUGCACUACUGGCCCACAUGGGAGUUGAGAUUUGAUCCUGAUACUGCAAUUUGGCGUCGAAGGGCGAUCAAGGCACUAGAUUGUAGUAGCAUAUAAGCACUAGAUUGUAGUAGCAUAUAAGCAAACUUUUCUCAUUUCAUGGGACGCUAUACAAAGAAGAAGAGGAAGAAGGCGGCACCAGCAGAAGAUCAAGUGCUUGUAAGACAACCCUCACCUGUACUUGUUGUAUUUGAAUUUUGAUGCUGCCUAGUGCAUUGCAGGUUUGGGGGGUUUACACUAUUAAUUAUUAAAAAAUGGAGCUGAGUACGUGUUUUUGACAUUGGGGAAUGUUGUGGCUAUAUUCACAGGGCAGCCGGCUCAACUUUAUUUGUGGCCUUAGGCUAGACAGAAAUAAUGGGGGUUUUCCAUAAUUAUAGUAUUUUUAUCUCGAUAACAUCAAUUAAUUUAUGUUACGAAUAUUUUUUAAGAAA